GGAACUACAACUCCCAGCAGCUCCCGCGGCCGCCCGGCGGGGAAGACGUGGAGGCUCCCUGGGAUCAGAGCGGACUAUACCUCUGCGGCUCGGGCGCUGGGGCUGCAGAUGCGGCGGCUGCAGAAGCCGGCUUAGCCUCGGCGACAGCAUCGUCCCGAGCCUCCUGGCGGCUGGGGCUCUGGGGCGAUGGGCUCCUGCUGGAGCCGGCGGGACUCGCGCAGACAGCGGCUGGACAGUCUCCUGCCCCACUAUGGAACUUUACCACGGAAUCCAGCCAAGACCUGUGUGGAAGUGAUCGGCUACCAGGAAAGCCUGUGGCGCACCGGCCUGUGUCAUGUGGGGGCCCUGCUGACCGCUGGCAUCUUGCUGUUGAUCUUCCACUGGAAGCCCCAACUCAAGGUCAAGGCCAGGUGCACCCCUUGCCCCUUAAAGCUGGCUGAGUGGCUGAUCAUCAAGGAUCAGUUUGGGCAGCUUUUCACCACCCGGGUGCAAACUGAGCUUGUCAGUGAGGGCAGCCUGAGCCAUCCCCAGGAAGGCCGAUGGGAUUGGAAGCUGGAGGAAGAUGGAAGGAAUCAUGUGGCAGUGGGGGUCUCGCAGGAAGAAGUCUGGAGAGACACUAUCCAACUCUGCAGGAAAGAGGAGCAAAACAUCCUGAGAUACUAUGUGUUCGAAGGGGUCCGAUACAUAUGGUUUGAGGCUCAGCAGGCCUUCCGCCGUGUCAGUGUGCUAGAUGAGACCAACACCUGUGAAGACCUUCAUCAUUACAGCACUGGACUCAGCCUCCAGGACCAAAGUAUAAAAAAAAAGAUAUAUGGCCUUAAUCUGAUUGAUGUGCCCAUCAAAUCAUAUGCCCGGCUUCUGGUGGAUGAGGUGCUGAAUCCGUUCUACCUGUUCCAGGCUUUCAGCAUCGCCCUGUGGCUAUGGGACACUUACUACUACUAUGCCGGCUGCAUCUUCACCAUCUCCAUUGUCUCCAUCAUUCUAGCCCUCUAUGAGACCAGAAAGCAAAGCCGGAGCCUGCAAAAUAUGGUGAAGAUGACCAUGAGCGUGAAUGUGCGCCGAGCCGGGGGAGAAAAUAUGCUGGUUAAUUCCACGGAGCUGGUUCCUGGAGACUGCCUGGUACUCCCUGCCGGGGGGAUGCUGAUGCCCUGUGAUGCUGCCCUCCUGUCCGGAGAGUGCAUGGUCAAUGAGAGCAUGCUGACAGGGGAGAGCGUUCCAGUGAUGAAGACCUCCCUCCCCAAUGGCCCCUUUCUCUACUCCCCUGAGGAGCACCGCCGACAUACGCUCUUCUGUGGAACACAAGUCUUGCAAGCCAAGGCCUACAUGGAAUCUGAUGUUUUGGCCGUGGUGACCCGGACAGGAUUUUGUACUGCCAAAGGGGAUCUGGUUAGCUCCAUCCUCCACCCCAAACCCAUCAGCUUCAAAUUCUACAGGGAUGCGCUGAAAUUCGUCUUCAUUCUCUCUAUCCUGGCUUUCGUGGGCACCAUCUAUAGCAUCGUGAUCUUAAUCCACAACAAGGUAGCAGUAACGGAGAUUGUGAAACGGUCCCUAGACUUGGUGACUGUGGUGGUACCUCCAGCACUCCCAGCCGCCAUGACGGUUGCCAUCAUCUCCGCCCAGAAUCGUCUCAAGAAACAAAAAAUCUUCUGUAUUAGCCCACCUCGCAUCAACUUGGGAGCCAAGCUGCGGCUGAUCUGUUUUGACAAGACAGGCACAUUGACAGAGGAAGGCCUGGAUGUUUGGGGUGUGCUCCCUCUGAAAGGUUACGAUUCCCCACUCCCGGACCCACGGCAGCUCCCGGGAGGUCCCCUGCUCACCACCCUGGCCUCCUGUCAUUCCCUCUCGUUGCUAAAUGACCAACCCAUUGGUGAUCCCAUUGACCUCAAAAUGGUGGAGUCUACUGGCUGGUUGCUUGAAGAAGUGGGGUCGGAGACCCUAGUGUUUGGGACCAAGGUCAUGGCUGUGAUGAGACCCCCACCCCCGGAGGAGCAGCUUCAAGGGACAGAGCCCCCGGUGCCCAUUGGCAUCCUCCACCGAUUCCCCUUCUCAUCAAGCUUGCAGCGGAUGAGCGUGGUGGUCGUGCGGCAGGGGGAAGCCCAUGCCGAAGCCUUCAUGAAGGGGGCCCCUGAGAUGGUGGCCAGUCUCUGUACCCCAGACACAGUGCCUCCGAAUUUCUUCCAAGAGCUCCAGCACUACACAUCGAAUGGAUUCCGGGUCCUGGCCUUGGCAUUCAAGCCCCUGCCCAUUGCUCCCACUCUGGAGAAAGCUCAGCAGCUGACCAGGACAGAAGUGGAGAGCGAGCUGACUAUGCUGGGCCUUCUGAUGAUGAAGAACGUGCUGAAACCUGAGACAGAGCCCACCAUCCAAGCCCUACGCAGGGCUAACAUCCGUACCGUCAUGGUCACAGGUGACAACAUGCUGACUGCAGUUAACGUGUCUCGGUCCUGCGGUAUGGUAAAGCCCCAUGAGCCGGUGGUGUUUGUCCAUGCUUCAGCCCCCGCCCGUGGCAAACCAGCUUCAAUCAAGUUUGUCCCCUUUGAGCACUCCCCAGGAGGGGAACAAGCUGAACCCAAAGGGUACAUUGUGGAGCUGACUGGGGAGGCCUGCCACCUGGCACUGAAUGGGAAGGCGUUUGCUGUGAUUUUGGAUCAUUUUCCUGAACUUUUGCCCAAGAUCCUGCUCCAGGCCACCAUCUUUGCCCGGAUGACGCCGGAACAGAAGACUCAGCUGGUGUGUGGCUUCCGAAACCUGGACUACUGUGUGGGCAUGUGUGGAGAUGGGGCCAACGACUGUGGGGCUCUGAAGGCAGCCGAUGUGGGCAUCUCCCUGUCUGAGGCCGAAGCUUCGGUGGCAUCUCCUUUCACCUCCCAAAUCACCAACAUUGAGUGUGUACCUAAGGUGAUCAGGGAAGGGCGUUGCUCGCUGGUCACCUCCUUCUGCAUUUUCCAGUACAUGGCCCUCUAUAGCUUCAUCCAGUUUAUCUCCGUUCUAGUGCUCUACACUAUCAAUACCAAUCUAGGUGAUCUACAGUUUCUCUUCAUUGAUUUGGCCAUCACUACCUCGGUGACGGUGCUAAUGAGUUUCACAGAGCCCGCCCCAGAAUUAGGGGUCUCCCGGCCCCCCGGCGCCCUGCUCCGUGCAGCCGUCCUGGGCAGCCUCUUCCUACAGACUGCUCUGGUUCUCACCAUCCAGCUCAGUGGCUACUUCAUCACUGUCUCCCAGCCCUGGUUUGUCCCUUUAAAUAGGACCGUGUCAGGGGCCCAGAACCUGCCCAACUACGAGAACACGGUCAUCUUCUGCCUCUCGGGGUUCCAGUACCUCACGCUGGCUGUGACCAUGUCUAAGGGGCCCCCCUUCCGCCGCCCACUCUACACAAAUGUGGCUUUCCUCUUGGUCUUGUUGGUGCUGGCCAUCAUCCUGGUUGUGCUCACCUUGGGCCUGCUGGACUUCCUGCUGAGGUGGCUGACUUUGAAGGACAUCCAGGAUAUCCGGUUCAAGCUGCUUCUGCUCGGCCUGGCUGCCCUCAACUUCGUGGCCGCGUUCAUGCUAGAGCGUGUCUCUGACCAGUGGAUCCCCAGGUGCUUGCGCCACCUCUGCCCAAAGAAGGCCUCCAAAAAGUUCUUCAAGCGACUUGAACGGGAGCUGGCCCAGCAGCGCACUCCCUGGCCCCCACUCCACCAGCCCAUCCUGGCCACCCCCAAGACAGCCUCCGGGCUGAGGUAGCCCUGGAUCCUGGGGACUUCUGGGGCAGAGGUCUGAGCCCCCCCUCCCCACCUCCUCUAUUUAUGCAUCUUGGUAGCAACACUGUCCGUGGCCUGGGCCUGCCUACACACUCCUUGAGUACCUGAGUGCAGAGCAGGACUCGUUCCCAAAGCCAUACCCGCCGCCCGUGGCUGAGGUCGCAGCCUCCUGGCUCCACAGAAGCCCCUCCUCAGACACUUCAUUCCAUCUUCCUCCCCUGCAGGGAGCGGCUUCACUCCACAUCCUUUCUCAGACCACUUUAGUUCCCUUCUCUCACCUUAGAAAUAGUCUAAUUUUUUAUCCAUGGAAAUGGAGAGGUCCACCUGACACUCGGGGUCCCCACUGACAGACUGAAUAAAUUUGCCUUAUUUUCCUGGAUGUGCUGAUCUUCUGUGAGAGCCUGGCUUUGACCACUGGCCCCAUGCUUGGGAUACCCCCGCCUCCACCCUCCUCGUCCUGAGCCAGCGGAGCAGCAAGGGCAUUGCCCGGAUGUGGCCCGCUGAAGAGAACCUUAGAUUGAGAAAGAGGAACCAACUUCUAGGUCUGGUUCUUCUCUAAUGCGCUCUGCCUACUCCAUUUCCCUUCCACAAGCCUCGGUUUCCUCUUCUGUAAACUCCUGGACAAUAAUACUUUCAGCAUGACCUACCUCACAGGGUUGUUGUGAGGAAAGUGCCUUGUGAACUUCAGAGGUCUAUAGAAAUGGCCCUUGUCAUCCAGGCAACGCUGAACCCACAGUUGGUUGCCUUUGUGACCCUCCAGCACCUUUCUCUACCACGGUGGCCAACAGAAAUGAGAACGGAGGUGGGGGGGGUGGGGUGCGGUGUGAACAGACUGGCAGGAAAAUAAAAGGAAGCCCUGAGAGGGUAAGAGCUCACCCACUGAAUGAUGGAGGCAGGAUUAGGAAAACAGCUUAACAGAGUAGAGUAUAGGAUCAAACAGAAUAAGACGGAAUUGAAGAGCAAUAAAUGUCAAGUCUUACACACAGGUUCAAAAAGCCAAUGUCCCAAGUCCCAAGUAGAUGAGACAUGGUUAAGUGGUAGUUUUAUCUGAAAAAAUAUCUGGAGUUCUUCGUGGCCUUCAAGGCCUGUAUAAAUAAGUGUUGUGAGAUGAUCAGCAUGAAAACUAAGGAGAUCGUAGGCUACUUAAAGCGACAGAUCAGAAAUGAAGGCUGUUGCCCAUUUUGCUCUUUCCUUGCUGAGUAUUGUGUUCACUAUUUCUAGCUUGUCCAGGGAGGCAGCUAGGUGAUGUGGUGGAUGGAGCUCUGGGAUUGGAAUUGGGAGGUCUCAUUUUCAAGUCCAAAUCUAGCCUCAGACCCUUACUAGCCAUGAUGCUGGGCAAGUCCUUAACUCUGCGGGUCUCGGUCUGUAAAGUGAGCUGGAGAAGGAAAUGACAAAGAACUCUAGUGGUUUUGCCAAGAAAAACCCCAAAUGGGAUCAUGAAGAGUCGGACAUAAGUAAACAACAGGGCUUGUCCAGACCAGUUUAUAGAAUCCAUGUUAUAUGAGGAAGCAUUAAAGGAUUCUGACCCUUAGAGCUAUUAAAGCAGCAUGACUUUGGGCACAUCCAGCUGGGCAAUCGGACUAACCCUAUUCCAGCCCACAAUUCUGUGAUCCUAUGGACUGGGGACGUUGAGUCUGAAAAAGGAAGUAUGGAACAGGCAAGGACACGUUGGCCAUCUUCAUGUAUUCAACGAUUUCUCAGGUAGACGAUCCCUUCUGAAUGAUGGAUGGGAGAAGGUGACAAUGGAAGCCCUUCCAGACUCAGCCAGGGACCAGAUGGGGACCCUUCUCCAACCUUCCUGCCCUUUUCUUCUUCCUCACUUGUGGCUGGACACUGAAAUUCACCUCAAAUCCACUCUCUGCUUCCCAGUGAUGCUUCUGACUCCCACCCCUGAGCAGUAGACAUGGCUAUGAAAUAUAGCACUUGGAUACUCUGAAAGUUACUGUUUUUCUGUAAGAGGAAGGACCACCAGGUCUUCCCAUUUGAGCUAGUAAUAAAUCUAAGGUCUUCUAGGCCUUGGUGUUUCCUCCGUAGCUACUCCCCAGACCACCCCCACCCACAUCCCGGGCUCUGCCAUUUGGACUGCAGAACUCUGGGUCUUGCCUUCCUCCCUGUAUUGUGUCCUUAGGACUUCUGGGAUCUUCAUCUUCCUUCUAUACGUGUUGUCUUCCUCAGUUAGAAUGUGAGCUCCCUGAGAGCAGGGACUGUCUCCUUUUUUCUAAUUGUACCCCCAGUGCUUGACACAGUAAGUGCUUAAUAAAUUCUUUCAUUCAAGAGAGAUCCUAGCACAGUGCCCAGCACUGGGCUGGUUGACUGAUUGCUCAGCCCCUGAGAAUAGAAUGAACAGAAAGUGGAUUUAGAUUUGAUAUUUUUAAACACAAACACACCCUUUGCAAACCUUUAGAACUGUCUAAAAGAGAUGCUUCAAGUGUCGUUGUAGAAAUAAAAACUUGGAGAGUUGGGAAGGAUUUUGGAGGCCAGGUAAGAGUUACCGUCGAGUUUCUCCUUACUGGCAGUGUCGGAGCAGAAUCUGGAUGGCCACUUGAGAAAGCAACAUUUCUGCUUAGAUGCCCCCUUGCGGUAUCUUCUCCGUGACAAGCCCGGGAGGGACUGCCUUGUGGGAGUUGGGAUAAUGAUGACUGGAGGGCUUUCAACUAUGUGAAAUGUUCUGCUUGGCUGCAGAAGCUAGACCAAGGACAAUGGAUGGGCUGCCAAGAAGCCAAUUUAAUUUUGGGGUCAGGUCAGACUUCCUAACAAUGAGUGGAAGUUCUGUGGUAAGGAAAAACAAUGGGGAGGGGGGAUUUCUUGUGGAUAUAGGUUGGACUAGAUGGUCCCUGAGGCCCCUUCUUGUAUUUCUGUAUUUGAUUUAGUAGUUUUUUUCCCCAAAUUUUAUGUAAAGA